AGCAUAUAAGAUUACUUUUUCCACUUUUCAGCUUCACUUCGGCUGUGACGUUUCCCUUUCCGUUAAAUUAUCAUUUUGCUCUCUCCACAUGAUCCGUGCCAUAAAAAUCUCCCAGGUCCCAUUUAGAUCUUUCCACACCGCGUCCAAGCUCCUUGUGCACCAGACCGACGCCAAAAAGUCGUCGAUCUUAUUCACUAAAGCCACAUCUUCCACAACUUCAUUCGAUGUCUUGAACCUCAAGUCGUUGCAGACAGAGUGUCAAGCCAGAGGCUUGAAAAAGGCUGGUCGCAAGAUGGAGCUCAUCGACCGCUUGAACAUGUUUGAGGCCUCUAAGAAACGGUUCACCACUUCCGCAAAGCAGCUUUCCGAGGCCAAGGGUGUCGAUGCGGUCAAGUUGCCAAGCAUUGAAGAUCAACAAAUCUCCUAUAAAAAGUCGGUUAACGCUGGCAAGAAGUACAUCGGUGGCGUUAUUGUGAACAACUCGGCCGACAAUGUGUUGGUCGGGAACUCCGUCGUGGAAAAUACAUCCACCCCAACCGAAAUGCCAGUCUCCUCUGCGUCCACCCUGCAACUGGCCGCCAAGAGCGAGAUCAGCCCGUCCAGACAUGUGGAUGCCGUCGUUUUGCCAAACUUGCUUGAAUUGGAAUCACAACAGAAACCUGUUCCUAUCUCCCAGCCAGAUUUGCACUCCAACGUUAUCAUCAACAACACCGGUGACAAUGUUGCGGUCGGCGGUGGUACCGUUGAAACCUCUGAGAAGGCCCGCUCCACCAAGACCGGUAAUGAGGUGGCAUCCUCUGAAGAGCCAGCCACUAAGUUGUUAGAGUAUCCGGAAACCUUUGGGGAGUUUGUCAGGUGUUUGGCAGGCUUGCCUCCAAAGCCAGCUGAGGGCGAGUCAUUCUUCUUCUGGGUCAAGAAAGCUGAAAAGAAGGUUGAAGGGGUUGAAGAAAAGGUCAAGUCAGCGGUGGAACACAACCCGAAGGACUUCGGAGAGUUUGUCAGCAUUUUGUUCGGUUACUCCCUGAAGAAGUAAAUGGCGUGUGUUGGUUUCCAAGUUUUUUUUUGGCUUUCCUAUACUGUUCCAAAUUUCAGUUUUGCUCAAGUGGCUUUCCUGGUUGUGAUUGCCCCGUGUUUUGAUAUGUUGCUAACUGACGCCAUAUACGUUUUUUGUCUUUUCCUUUGUGCUUUUUAGGUAAAUAUAUAUUGGCGCUGCUCUUGGCUCGGUUCACACACUUGAUAUUUAGAAGUUGCUAGUGAAGAGCAGGCUCAGACAUCUUCAAUUUGGGUUUACAGGUAAAUAGCCAGACGAAGAAGACUUGGUAAUAAAAGUACCGCGCUACACUGUGAAGGCACGUAGAGGCUAGUACCUACACCAUCCGUGAGUCGCUAGAAAAAAUCCGUAUGUGAAAGAAUAAUAGCAUUUAUUGUAGAGAGAAACCCCCGUGUUAUUCGUUUACCU